AUUGUCCCCCGGUGUACACCGUACGUCAUCUCAGUUCCACAAUACUCUGAAACAUUAGCACUAUUAGCAGGAAACAAUUGAAGCUAUCGGGGAGAGGAAAGUCUGUCUCUCGUCCUGCUCAGCUCCUUCGCUUGACUAUAGCUUGGUUUGAGCAUUUUAAUUGGCACCGACUGCUGACUUCUCUACAACUGUCAAUAUGGUCAACGUACACAAAGGUGUCCUUGUUGAAUGUGAUCCUGCCAUGAAACAGUUCCUCCUCUACCUGGACGAAAAAAUGGCCCUAGGAAAGAAGUUCAUCCUCAAGGACCUUGACGACACACACGUCUUUAUCCUGGCAGAGGUGGUUCAAACCCUGCAAGAGAGAGUUGGCGAGUUAAUGGACCAAAAUUCAUUCCCUAUCACACAGAAAUAACACUCAACUAUUUCAAUGAACUUUUUUCCCUGGGACUUAGGUUAGUUUAAGAGUUUGUCUUUAAACAAACAUGGUUUGCAAUGUUUUGACUGUAGACUGUAAUGGAGCAGUUGCUCAUUUUUUGUUAAAAUAAUGUAAAUAAAAAAAAUAAGUAAUUUUU